UGGAUUCAUGUCUGGAAUGCAAUACAAUAUCCAAAUUUGUGGAUAAAAUAGCAUUUGUGAAGCUUUUAAUUAAAUCAAAUAGUUUUCUAUUUUUACAUGUUUUAAACUACGCUUGCACUUUCGCUGUAUAUUCAAAUGGUGUUGAGAGGUUUUCUUGGGUUCAGUCUAGGGUUGUGGUUCAAGCUCAAGGAGAAAGAAAUUUUCACAUCUUUUAUCAACUGCUCAGUGGUGCCGAUGUACAUCUACUAAAAAGUCUGAAGCUGCAGCGCAAUGCGGAUAAGUACCAGUUCCUGCACGAGAGUCGUUGUCUGCAAGCCAAUAAUAUCGACGACAAGUCCUCCUUCGCCACAACAAGGAGAGCUUUUGAAAUGCUGGGCUUCAGUGCAGAGGAGACACUCUCGACUUUCCAAGUGGCCUCUUCAGUGCUCAAAUUAGGGAACAUCCAGUUCCUACCUAGGGCCAACAUGGACGGAACGGAGAGUUGCUCCCUUAUAAACGAAUAUGAAAUAUAUGAAAUUUGUGAACUGCUGCAAGGAGAAGUUUCUGUUCUGCAAGCCGCUCUUACUCAAAGAACCGUCGAGACGAGGCAUGACGUAAUUGUCACCGAUUUGUCUGCGACGGAGGCCAACUACGCAAGAAAUGCCUUAUGCAAAGCUUUGUACAGUCGCUUAUUCAAUUGGUUGGUUAAUAAAAUCAACGACACAAUCAGGGCAAAGAGGAUAGGAAAGAGAAAAUGUAUAGGAAUGUUAGACAUUUAUGGUUUCGAAGUACUGGAGUUUAAUUCGUUCGAACAGCUCAUCAUAAAUUAUUGUAACGAAAAACUCCAACAAAUUUUAAUAGAACUUACGUUAAAAGCAGAGCAAGAAGAAUAUAUUAAAGAAGGAAUACAAUGGGAGCACAUUGACUACUUCAACAAUGCCGUUAUAUGUGAUCUUAUCGAAAAGAAUAAUCAUGGCAUUUUAGCCAUGUUGGACGAAGAGUGCCUUCGUCCUGGACCGGUCAGCGACGAAACUUUUCUCUACAAAUUGACGCAGGCCUGCCAGGACAACCCUUAUUUCGAGAGCCGGGGAUGCAGGAACUUCAUCGCAGACAGCACCUUGCCACAUCACAGUUUUAGGGUCAGGCACUAUGCAGGCGCCGUGACUUACUCCGUAACGGGUUUCAUAGACAAGAACAACGAUAUUCUUCACCGAGAUCUUUCCCAAGCCAUGUAUCGAACGGAACAACCCUUACUCAAAACACUUUUCCCCGAAGGGGAAAUAGAUAAUGAAGGGGAGAGCUUGCACACUACCGUUACUACCUCCGUAAGAACAGUCUUUUGGCUAUCUAUAGAAGGCAAUCCCAGGCGAACUACCCUCAAGAGGCCCACUACCACAGCCACCCAAUUUCGAAUUUCUGUGGGCGCAUUAAUGAAGAGUUUGCAAGGAAGAAAUGCCACUUACGUUCGCUGCAUCAAGCCGAACGAGCUCAAGCAACCAAUGAUUUUUGAAAUGGCGCUAGUUCAACAUCAAGUAAGAUAUCUCGGCUUGCUGGAGACCGUGCGCAUGCGCAAAGCCGGCUAUGCCCACCGCCAGGACUAUGAAUCCUUUUUGCAGCGUUACAAGAUGCUUUCCAUCCAUACGUGGCCAGUCUGGACCGGCUUGCCAGUCGAAGGAGUCACCCACCUGCUGAGAGACCUGCCCGUCCAUACCUCCGAAUACAGUUUCGGCAGGACCAAGGUCUUCAUAAAAAGUAGCAAGACUCUGUACGAACUGGAACAAUACCGGCAGGAGAGCUUGCACGAGCUGGCUACUCUGAUUCAGAAGGUGUUUCGAGGUUGGGUUCACAGAAGACUAUUCCUGCAGAUGAGGAGGAGCCAAAUAAUGCUAGCCACAAACUAUCAAGCGUGGAAGAGACGAAGAUAUCUUCUUUGGCUUGCUAGACACCUGCCUUCAGAAUCCCCACUGUGCCGGGAGUGGCCCCCGUCCCCUCGAUGCCUACAAGAAACAAGUUACUAUCUUAGAAAAUUGUAUCAUAAGUGGAGAUGUCACAAGUACCGAUUAAGGUUCGAUCAGACAGCCCGCAACAGAAUGAGAGAAAAAGUUACUGGAAGUCUUAUUUUUAAAGAUAGAAAAGCAUCCUAUCCUAAGAGUGUGUCUCAUCCCUUUCGUGGCGAUUACGUCCGACUCCGCCAUAACGUGAAGUGGAAAAAAAUUGCUGCUGAAACAGGAGACCAAUAUGUGGUUUUCGCAGACAUCAUCAACAAGAUUGCUCGGGCAAGCGGAAAGUGCCUCCAAACCUUGUUUGUUGUGAGCACGAGCUCAAUGUUGGUGAUGGAUCAACGGACGCUUCAGAUCAAAUAUCGGAUUCCAGCGGCAGAUAUUUUUCGGAUAUCUCUCAGCCCAUAUAUGGAUGAUCUGGCUGUCUUCCACGUACGAUCCAGCGAAGCAACGCGGAAGAAAGGAGAUUUUCUAUUUGAAACGGGUCAUGUGAUCGAGAUCGUGACGAAACUGUUCCUUGUUAUUCAAAACGCAACCGGGAAGCCACCCGAGAUCAAUAUCUCCACUGAAUUCGAGGCAAAUUUUGGCAAGGAAAACGUCGUCUUAGCAUUUAAAUGUGCCGGAUUACCUGAAGUCCAGCCCGGCCAAGUUAAGAUAUAUAGACGCGGUAAUCGCAUGGAAGUGGUAUUAUGAAACGAAACCUUCCUUCUACAACCUGCAAUCCAACCAGAGGUUGAACCAGAAAUUGGUUGAAAAGAGAGCGUUCGAAACACUUGUUCAGUGAGAUCUCUUCAGAAUCUGGUACCUGGUUGUGCCGGAAUUUCCAACCUUUCUAGUUCUUGAAAAGAACUAGUCUUUUGACAGUCGUGCGGAGAAGUCCUUUGUCACUGGUUAAAGAAAUCAAAAUGUUCAUCACGGCAUAGCCUCUGAAAGAUUUAAUAAAAGUAAUUAAUAAUAAUAAGGAGAAACUGCGUGGGCGAUUUUACACCACCGUGAUUGAAUUUAGCAAUUUUUAGGAAAUAAUUAAUAAUAAAAAUAUAGAGAUUGAAUUUUUUGGUGCUCUGAAGUUAAAAGUUAGGUCUGAAGAAAAGAAAAGUUUAUUACAUAUUGUACAUAAAUUAUCCGAGAUUUUUAAACAAAGUUUAGCAAUUAUGAAUUGACUGUUGCAUGUUAAAGUCUUAAAAACAUAUACACGUUAUAUACCUUCCGUUUUAUGUCGAUUGCAGUACUGUUGUAAGUCGCUUUUACAUGGAUAAAAGAUACAGGUUUUUUGUUUCUUUAUUUAAAAAGUAGCAAGGAAACUCAGGCUUAUAACUUAAUAUGAAUUUCAAAAUAUUAAUAUAGAAUGCCCUUCAAAUUUUACUCUAUGAUGAUAAUGAAUUACUAAAUUAUUAAAGAACAGUCUAGUAUGACUUAAAUAUUUCGUUAAUAGCAGAUUACUGAAACUGAUAGCAAAUUAGACUAAAGAAUAAAAUCUGCAGUAAAUAUAUCAUGAUUGACAUAUAGAAUCAGUGGCAAAAAUGCAUUCGUUGACUCCUAUUUAUUCCAUGUAUAAAAAACUACUUGAACUGUAAACUGCUAACAAAGUUUAAUCAAAACCGAUGUUUUCUAAAAUCAAAUAGCUGAAUUCCUUUGUGAACUUUUAAUGUACAAUAUUCAAAUGAUUUUUUGAAAAGAAAUAUGGAAAAUAGUUUUUAUAUUUUAAAUUUCAUCAGACAUCAGUGUAGUUUUAAUAUGUAAAUUGCUCUGAAAUUAGAAUUAAGUUACAUUUAAAAUAUUAGUUAUUGAAGUAAUAAUACUAUAAUAAAUCAAACUAUCAUUUGCCUUCUUGGCAUACUGAUAAAAUACAAUCAGCAUAUAUACUUUCCGUGCUGUCUUGUAAAUAGAUGUUACGAUGGAAUAUCACUUCGUUUUUGGCUUAAAUUUUAACUGAAGACGAUAAAAAUUUAUUUGCAAGUUUUUCGAAUUAUGUGUGUCAACUUUUUUCUUAAUCCUGUUCAAAAUUAUUAAACAAAUUUUGAAACAUUUCAAAUAUUUUUCAAAAAUAUCUUACAUUGAAGUCAAGAAAAAUCCCAAACAUAUAUCUCUUUGAAUGUUUUAAAUAUAUCAGUUCCCUUAAAAGAGAGUAAUAUGUUUUCAUUAAAAAUAACUAAUCUUCUGAAGAUCUGUACUAGGAGAAAACUUUCAGCUGCAUUAAGAAUCAAACAAAGCCAUAAUGAAUAUAAUCUUUAAACUACUGCAUGUUUUAUGUCUGUAGAUGCAGAACAUAUUAAACAAGUGUUUUGAGGCUCCCUGUAUCUUGAAAACAAUUACGAACUUUUAAAAUAUUUUCAUAAAAGUUCUUUCUAUUCAGAGAAACUGUUUCAGAGGACACGAUAUAUCCUUUUUCCUCCAAAAAUACAAUGAGAGAGAAAAAUGUUUAAACAUUUUCUUAUAUGCCCAACUGCACUUCUUAAAUAAUGGGGAAAUAUUGCAAAGGAAAACUUGAUUUUUGAAGCUGUAUUUAAAUGAAAAUGUUUCAGAUAAUCUCACUAGAAAUGGAAAACUGGUCUGCAGACAAAAUUAAUAAUUAUCUAUUAAUUCUAAUAUAUAAACUAAUAAAAUUAUUUUACUGAAUAUAAUUCUUCUUUUCUGGACCUUUGUUCAAUGAGAGAAAUUUCGAGUACCUGUGCUAUGUCCAUGUAAAAGUGACAAGAAAUUCAUCGUACAGUAAUAUAUAACAUUUUUUGUUCAAUAGACUAGCUAAAUAUCUUUAUCAAGUGAAAAGCGACACAAAGAAUUAUUUACGUAAAUUUUGUAUAAGUAAAAAAAUAUAUUGCUAGUUUCUAGCCUAAAGUUUCUUCAUUUAACUCUCCUUCAAAGAUGGCAUCAUCUAUCUUCAAAGAGUAGAAAGGUAUUAAUACUAAGUAUACUCAACUCUAUAAAGUAACAAUAUGCAUAAAUAUAUAUGUGUACAUGUAUAUAUUUAUUCAUCGUGUAAAGAACGAUUUAUUCUCACUGCCAUGAAGAUUGAAAAAAAUCAGUUUUAAAGAAGGAGCGAUGAUAAUUUUAGUUAAGAUUGAACAAUUGGAAAAAGAAUGCUUGUGCUGCUGAAGACCUCGCUUGAAAGUACAUCAUCCUCAUUUUCAUCUUCGUUUAUGCUGUAAAACAUUCUUGGAAUCAAAAGUGGCACAUCAGUCUUCUUCAAAAGACUUCAAAUUGUUAACAAACUUGGAGAAACUGCUCAAUUAUCACAUGUUUUGUAAGAACGUCUUAAACUAUUUUAUUAGAAAUAUAAAACUAGUUUCUGUUCAGUUUUCCCCUCCUCUGAAAAAUUAUAAUUAAGUGUUAAUUUUAAAAUGCAGUUGUGUAUAUUUUUUCUGCUUUAGUAUUAUGCAGUGUAUUUUCUUUUUUCACGAUGCCUAAUUUAAAUGUGAGAAAUUAAACAAAGCUGAAAUUCUGAAGCUUGUAUUAAGAUGUACAGAAAUUAGGUGAAAUUAACAUAUCCUUAUUAUUUCACAGUGGAUUUUCUCACAUGUGUAUUUGUGUAAACCAUUCUGGGUUAGCCAUGUAACGUGAAAUAUCGCCAAAAUAAGUUUAGAAUUCUGUAUAUUGCCUAAAUGUGCCAAGUAACUACUUUCCAAUUUCAAACCGCAUUUUAAUUUUAUGCAUUUAGUUAUGCAUGAUAACCAGUUCUUUAUUUUUAAUUUGCUUAUUAUAAACUUAAUAAAAUUAAGAUAAUCACUAAUCUUGAACAUGUUUAAAAAAUUUAAUUAAAACCUGGAUUUAAUUACGUUUUAUUUUAUAUAUUCUUUCUGACCUGUUAAUGAGAUUUAUUACCUUAUCUUCUAAAACUAUUUAAUGGUAAACUUUAGUUUCCUUUUUCAUGCCGGUAAAUGUUUAAUGUAUUUCACUUAUAUAAUAAAUUGUAUUUCUACAUAUCCUAAAUUUUGUUUUCAUGUAAAUCAUAUUUUGUCGUGUUACAAUGUUUAUUAAUAAUGAAUACUAUGAUCUAAACUUUAUAUACAAAAUCUGUGAAAGAAGAAUAUUCAUAAAUACGAUUGUUUCUAUGUUAUUAAUUUAUUUUUAAUGUUGACUAUGAUUUCAGAUUCUAUAAAUACACAUUUAUCUGUUAAUUAUUGAAUAUAAACAGCUAAAAGCAAAUUUAAGUUUUAAAUAAAAUUUUAUUCUUCAUUGAAUAUUUUACUUAUUUUAAUAUCUUGCAAUGGGAAAGGAAAUAGGACAUCAUAAAGCUCGAAAUUUAAAUGCCCUAAUGCAGAUAUUCACACAUAAUAACAGAAGUCUAAAUGUUCUGAGAUUUAGAUAUAUAUCAGAAAUCUUCACGCUAAUCAUAAUUGUCGGAAUUUUACAAACAUUUUGAUAAGUCUUGCAGUUUACUGAGUAUAAUUCAACAGUGCUUUUAUAAUUUAAAUUUCAUCUGACUACCUAAUUUUUUACGUUGUUUUAAUGUGUAAUAGUGUAUUUUAAAAAAUUCGUCUUUGACACUGAAACUGUAUUUAGGUAUUAACUAUCUAUCUUUCAUCUAUUUUGAAAAACUAUUUUUGUACUCUGCAUCAAAUAUAAAAUUCAUAGAAUUCUGAAACUUUAAAGGAAGUCUGAUGUUUAUGAACUGUACUGAAUCCUAGAUAUUUACUUUGGCAAUUGUUUUUGUAAAAAAACUGUAUUCUUAUUAAAGAUACUAUGUGCUUCCUAAAACUGAAUACAUUCUAAACUUCUUUUUCCCAACUCACUAAGUUUCAACGUAUUGCCAACAUUAAUAUUAUUAGCAAGAAUGAAAUAUUUACUUUCGAGGCAUUAAAUAUUAAUAAAAAAGUAUUUCAGCUCAAAUCACUAAGAAAGCAGUGUUUUGCAAAAUGAUGCGCUUCUGUUACAUCUGUAUGAUCUAAUUCUGAACUUAAAAUUUACUUAAAUGAAAGACAUAUUAAGUAAUUAAAAUAGCCUCUAAAAGAUAAAUAGUGUGUCCUCUCAGGGAUUGUUUAUUAUACAAUCAAUUUUACCUAAAUAAAAAUGUUUUAUGUCUCAAAAUAUCAAAUCAGUGGUUGAAAAAUCAGUAUGUUAAAAAAGAAAUCUGUUAAUUAUGAUAAUUUAAAAUCCGUUCCUCUUUCCUUAAUUAUAUAUAUAUAUAUAAAAGUUUAUUAAUAGGAAAUAGAGGUAAUUAUGACAGUAAAAGGUGUGGAUAAUUUCAGUGACAAAACUGUGUUUGAAUGAGUUGUUCUAAGCUACACUUUUGAGCAAAUCUCGAUGCAUUUAUUAAUGUUAUAGAUUUAACUCUUGUAGAAUCCUAAAUCUAGCAAAUUGUUGCCAGCUAUUUAAAUAUUUACCGUAAUGUAUAGUUUUUGUAUAUUCAUGAUUCUCUAUACAUAAUUUCGUUUAUAAUGCCGGUUUGUCGUAACGUUUUAUUUUUCUUCAAAGGAAAUGUGGAAAGAGUGAAUUACUGGAGCGGCACAAAAUAUGUUUGAUAUAUACAAUCUGAUAAUUUAAUUUCAGAACAAUAUAUAUUUUCAUUUUUUACCUGUAUUUAAAAAAGCAGUAAGAUUUUAUGUAAGCAAUUUUCUUCAUAAAUUCUGAUGAAUAUGUCAAUAUUUUGGUAAAGAAAUUUCAAAGUAUCUACCCUCAGGAUUACUCAAAAUAUAAGAUGUUAAGCUGAAAUCACAAGUAGUCACAUAUAUUAUAUGUGUUGUUAUAUGUCAUAUGACAUCAAUUAUUUUACUAUAUGCCACAAAUAAUUGCCGCCGUAUGCCGAAAAGUUUUAGAAGAGUUUAAAUUAGAAAGAAAGCAAACUUUAGAAACUUUCUAAAAAAUUGCUUCUUUCAUUAAGUAAACGAACAGGCAGUUUUCAACUUACAUUAAACAGUUUUCAGUGCUUUUAUUCUAAUUAAAAUUAAACACCACUCCUAUUUAGCAAAGGAAAAUAAUCAUUGCGUUUGAUUUAAUACAAAUGACCUUACAAUACGUAAACUUUGAACCACACUCAGCAGACUUACUAAAUGUUUAACACUGAUCUACUUAUUUCAGACUAAUUGUACUAUGUAUCAAUAAUUCCCAGAUUAAGCAUUUGCCUUUCUAAGUUAAUAAGAUAUGUAAACAAUAGCUAUUUUAUUUUUCCACAAUCAUACCAAUAUUUAAUGGUACUUUUGCAUUAACGCACUUAUCGGGUGAAAAUUAAUGGCUUCGCGACAUUUUUUAAAACGAUUUCCGAACAAUAGAUAUUUAGGGUAAGCUAACAAACAUUAUCAACAUCUGUAAAGACUUUAGUAAUUUAAAAUACAAAUUUUAGUUGUCAAUUUGUUAGGAUUGUGUGACAUUAAAAAAAUUUGCAUUCAUCACAAAAUUUUUCUGUAAUUUUUUGCGAUGCUUUUUCUCCCAAGUACACAGCGAUCUGUUUUCGCUUAAAACACUGGAGAACUACAGAGACUCAUUUUCUCUUGAAACAUCGGAGAAUAACAUCGCACAAAUCUCGACAACUUCAGCUAUCUAUCAAACGUAUCUCCUCGUUGUUCCCUUUAGAGAUUUUGCUUUAAAAUUCUGCUGAAUUUUUACCGAAGUAUCUAUCAUUGCUGACAAUUCUCACAAACGCAUAUUUUAAAACUAAGUUUAAAGCAAAAAACAUAACCCGAUUUGCUUAUAAAACCGUUGGAACUUGGAAUGCAGGAAAAAGAAGGCAUACGGAAAUAGUGACGUUGCUUGAUUGAAAUGUUGUUGUAAGAAUAUUUGCCUAAAGAAGUAUUAUGUACAUGUAGUAAAGAACUAUUAUGUUUUAUUUAAUAUACUGUUUAUAAUAUAGUUUAAUUAAAUAAUCGCAAAGUAAGGCACAAUCUUUGUUUGAUUCUAUGUUUUUUUAAUAGAAGAAACAGACGAAAUUGCCUUAUCUUAGUUUUACUAUAAGGGAAAUAAAGAUUUAGGUGCGGAAUGAUUAAGCUUUUUUAACUUGAAUUCAAAGAAAUUAUGUAUAGUAAAGAUAAGUUAUUAUUUAGAAUUUAGUGGAGAUUUUUAUUCGCAAUUAAGUUGAAAUUUUCACAUAAAUCAAAGAUAUAUUCUUAAUUUUAACUUAUUAAAGGUUUAAAAAUGAGGCUCGAUGGCGCAGUGACUAGCGCAUCGCGCAGCAGCAUCACAGGUCCGGGGUUCGAUCCCCGGGCUGGACGAGGUCAACUCAGCCUUUCAUUCCUUGAUUUUCCAUCCUUUGGGUCGAUAAAAUGAGUACAAAGUUCGCUUGGGGACUAAACACUGGGGGUCCUGCGACAAGCUGACAGCUUUUUCAGGGCAUAUGCUUACGCACCCCGGGGCCCAUUGUCAAGAAAGCAGAUUUCGGUGCACUGCAGACAUUGGCCCGUUAGGGCUGUUACGCCACUGAGUUUAGUUUUAAACAUUUUGAGCUUAAAAAUAAUCAGUAAAAUUUGAUGCAUGUGUGAAAAAUUUCCAAGGAAGCAUUCCAUUCACUAUAUUGCGCUUUUGAGCCGCAACAAGCAACAUUUUAUUUCUCAUAGAAUAUUAAUUAUCAUGUUUAUUUACUGUGAAAAAUUUCCAAGGAAGCAUUCCAUUCACUAUAUUGCGCUUUUGAGCCGCAACAAGCAACAUUUUAUUUCUCAUAGAAUAUUAAUUAUCAUGUUUAUUUACUGAUGUUAAAGCUUAGUUAAUUUAAAUUACAAAUCCUAAGUUAAAUGAAACAAUAUUGGCAUAUGGAAUAAAUGCUAAACUAAAAGUUAUCGAAUUAAAAAAAUAAAUAAAUAAAAUUCCUUAUGAUACCAAUUUAAUGAAAGAUAUGUGCGUUCCGUUGUAUAAUGCUGUAUUACUAUUUAGUGCGAAAUAUUCUUUGUUGAACCGUUAAAGAAAAAUUUGUUAAUGUGAUAAUUCUUUGUUUUUCUCAAUUACUGCAAAGUAUUGAAAUAAAUACUAUCCAAAUAUACAUUAUAAUUGACUUCUAAAAUUACAUUAUAAGAUUUUAAUCUCUAAUUUUACAAUUAAUACAAUUUGAGGCUUAAUUCCAGAAAAUCACAGGGAAAAUUUACAUAAACGCAAAACCAAUUGUUUCGUUAUAAUUAUCACAAUGCCUUUCCGUAUUAAUAGAUUCAUAAAAGAAGAUAUAUAUAUAUAUAUAAAUUUUCUGUUGCAAAUCAUUUUCUUAAAGACUAGGGAUUAAUUUGGUCAUUCUCCAUAAUAAAUAUCUCAUAAAUAUGAUUUAUUUACGAUGAUAUUUCUUCGGAAAAACACGAGCAGUAAAAUUUUAAUUUCUUACUCCCUUCUUUUUACAUCAUGAUUAUUUCUUCGAAAAUAACUGAAAUUUUAGCAAAAGAGAAUAAAUUACACAUAAUUCUUCCAAAUUUUUGGAAGCAAAGGUUAGUGGAGAAAAUCAAAAAAAUCCUUACUAAACUUUAUUUUUUUUUAAAUUUCUACAAAGAUGUAGAUAAGCGUUUCAUAGGUUUCCUCAUAAACGUCAAGCAAUACUUCAUUUUAAUUUUUUCAAUUCGUCCUGUUUGUAAUGAAUCCAAAAUUUAGAAUAUAAAUAUUUUUUUUUCAAAUUUAAGAAUUUUGUCUUCAUUUAUUUGAGUAGUAAAAUGAUUUAAACUUGUUUAAAUAUUUUCAUAUUGCGAGUAUUCUUAUUCCUCUUAUUAUGUACUUUAUUGUUUUACUAUAUUUUCGAUCUCUAGUUAAAUAUACUCUUUUCACAUAUCCUAAAUUGAAAAAUAACUGUCCUUUUUGGUGAAAGUUUCAGAAUUGUUGACUGAAAAGUUAAAAGUUGCAUUAUGAGAUAAAACUUAUUCCAGAUAUUUAUGUAUUACAUUUUUUAAUUUUAAAUCAUUGGUGAAUAAUGGAACAUCGUUGGACUAGUUUUUUUGUACAGUUCAGUAGUGUGCCGCACCAAAUGUACAGUUUAUCCUUCUAAGAUAAGUAAUUUAUAUGAAGAAGUUUUCAUAUUAAUUUUGUAAUAAAAAUUUAUAAUUAUC